AUGUGGCGCGAGCUUGUAGAUGACGACUCUGAGCAUGGACUGGUCGCCAAAAUUACGAAGAAGGUCAUAGCCGCUGUGAAGGACAUCUUUGGGAGACGCUCUUCUUCGAGGAGGCAUAGAUCAUCAUCCAGCUAUGCCAGUCGUCAUAGACACGGGAGUGAGGAGUUCGACCAGCCGAGACCCGGUCACAGACGGUCUACAUCUCACAUUUCUAGUCAUAGGCGAUCAUUUCGUGAGGAUCCGCCUCAUGUGAGCCAUAUGCACUCAGUUGGAGAGCCUGAUCGGCAACAUCAGAGUCAUAGUCGAUCACAGCAUGGAGAGGAUCCGCCUCGUGGCAGUCAGAGACGAUCAAAGCAUGGAGAGGAUCCACCCCAUGCGAGUCAGCGGCGAUCUGCCUCACGUCACAGUGAGAGGGAGACAUCUUUGAGGCGAUCAGCCUCACAUCAUGGUGAGAGGCAGACAUCUUUGAGGCGAUCCGCCUCACGUCACAGUGAUCGCCCAGAGACAUCGGCUGGGUAUCAUAGUCCAGAGACCCCUGUGCCUAAGCCGAGGGAUGUAGAUGAUGAUGUGAAUUUUACCUGGACUUCAUUAGAGGAGGAGACGGAUGCUAGAGAGAGGCCUCACCGCUUGCUUAGGCCGUCUGCUGCAGUGCAGAGUCCGUAUGUCAUUGACCCGGCCUUGCCGUAUGGUAAGGGGGUGAUGAAUGCGAAGAAGCGGGGCUUCAGAGAGUUUAUGACAGCGCCGCCGGGUACUUUUGUUACAGUGCUCGAGACGCGUUUUGUGAUGACCCAGGAGCUAUUCCACCGGAUUAUGGAUCCUCGCGAGGAGUUCGACGGGGAGAUCUUAGACCUCUGGAAUCUGAAGGCUCUUCGACGGCUUAGAAUCAAUCAGGAGUGGAUAGCUCGGGGGCAGACGAAACUCACUGCAGGUGUGACACGGGCUAGAACGCCGAUAGCUUUUCUGGAAUUUUAUGAGACCCUCGUCAGAGAGUUCGCUUCGUUGCAUCCGAAUUUGCCAGAUUGGAACGACAUACGGGAGCGACAUGCAUACGAGGAGUGGGUGGUGCCAGAAAAGCUGAUCUCCAUGUUUCCGUGCAAAAUAUCUUCCUUCGGCUUCAAAACGACGCCCUUGCCUACCAAUUUCCGUGCAAAAUAUCUUCCAACAACCCUCGCCGGAAUCUGUCUCGGGGCAAUGCGAUUCAAAUCCGUGUGGCAGGUAUGAUCCAUCACCACCUUGAUCACUCUCCAGAUCGAUGCACUCUGAACGGCUCGCAGCAUGAACGGACAAUCGUUGUCAUGCUUGCAAAUAAACCACAAACGGGUCGUACUGGAACGAUCCACGGCGUACUCCACGUGAUUCUCCAUAUGAUACAGGCCAACAGCGAUCGCUAAAUUAU